UCUCGCCUUGUGACACAAUUAUGAGCAGAAAAUAAUUUUGUAUCACUUGUCCACUUGCUGCCUACACAAAUCGUUCAAGAGUAAUUUCUGGUGGACUCGACGGAUUGUGCAGUGUUUUGGAAGGUGCUCAUAAUUCCGGUCAGCCGUUUUUCGUGGAAUAAAACCAUAGCAGAAAAUUUAAUAGUCAUUGGGUACAAUCAGGAAAAAAAUCCCAUUUGUGAACACGGACCAACAGUACUUUUCAGACUGCCUAGCAUAAACGGGAGUCAUUCGAAACAGUUUUUCGCCUGUAGUGCCAGUCGAGAUGGGUCGUGCACAUUUAGGAUCAAUCAAGGUUCGAGUAAAAAAAACACACAUUCAAAUAAGUCGAAUGAAAGAUACGUGAUGAUUCGUAACACUCCAGUGUCUCGAAAAGUUUUUUGUAUUAAAUGUCAGGAAUUGGUUGUGGAAUCGGAAAUAAAAAAUCAUGUAAAUCAUCCAUUUCUCAAUAAAUUAACGGAAAAAAUGUUGAAAGAACCAACACGCAUCUUAUCACCGUUGAGCGUUGAUAAAUCCGAAGCGCAAUAUUUUUUCACUGGCAGUACGCUACUUUGUAUAUAUGGAAUCUUCAAACAACUCAAAAUAACUAAAGUUGUAUGUUUGGGUGCCCCAAGACUACAUGAAUAUUUAGUUACAAAAACAAAGAUCGUUUCGUUGUUACUGGAUAUCGACAACCGAUUUCGUUGGUUUUAUAACGAUACUCGUUUUCUGCAAUACAAUAUGUUCAACAACUACUUCUAUGAUGGAACAUCCGCGCAGAAUGUAUUGAUCCAAUUUUUAAAAAUUGUUGGGUCCAGUGAUAUCAUAUGUAUUUUUGCCGAUCCUCCAUUUGGCUGCCGUUCGGAACUUCUGGCGCAAACCAUUCGACAAUUGAAUGAACUUUACAACCAAACCAACUCAUAUAUUCAAAACAUCUUACCAGUAUUUUGGGUAUAUCCAUAUUUCAUGGAAAUCUAUAUUCGAAAAGAAAUUCCUUCAAUGGAAAUGUCGGACUACCGAAUUAACUAUACAAACCAUAAAACCUACAAUAACAAUAAGAAGCAUUUGAAAAACGGUUCACCAGUUCGUCUUUUUACUAAUGUUGCUUUGGAUCUUUUCAGUUUACCAAAAAGUAAUUAUCAAUUUUGCUCAAAGUGUCACAAAUGGGUUAGUAGAUCAAAUAGACAUUGCGUGAUUUGUAACAAUUGUACUUCGAAAAAUAAUGUCACUUACCGGCAUUGUUUGAAAUGUAAUUGGUGUGUUAAACCAAACUAUCAACAUUGUGAUAAAUGUGGAAGAUGCUCCCAAGUUCAAGGACAUAUUUGUAAAUUGUAUAGAAAGAAAGUGACUUGUCGUAUUUGUCUUUUAAAAGGACACGUAGAAAAUAUGUGUAGUAUCUGGGAACAUAUAAAAGGAUGCAAACAAAAUGCUUCUGGCUGUGUAGUUUGUGGAUCUAAAUCUCACAUAGUAAGUGAUUGUUUAGAACGUAAGAGGCUCUUAAAUGAAGAAUAUUUUCUUGGUAGUUAUAAUAACAUUAUAAAUAUGAUGAAUUAAAAAAAAGCAUCAAAAAAGUAAAAAAAAACUUGUAGUAUGUAAUAUUAGAGACAUAACCACAAUAUUGACAUAGGACUGCUGUCGACAAGGAGCAUUUUAAAAAUGCACAUUUAUUUUGGUACAUUGUUCUACAAAUAAAUCAUCCAUUUCAAGUAGAA